AUGUCCGGCGAUGGAAACUCCAGCGGCGGCGGCUCCGGCGGGCUCGACUUGAACUCGUUCGACGAUUGGGCGAGCAUGUACAACUUUUUGGGUACUACCGGUGGAGGCUCCGGCAAGAUCGGCGUCAAUGCCGAGGAGGAAGAGGGCGACCACGAGGUUGUGGGGGACGGCAUGCCUCAUCCAUACAGCCAAAAGGAGACGUUGGCUCUGUACGACGCUUGGAUCAGCGUCUCGUACGAUCCUGUCGUCGGGAAUCAACAAACCCACAAGUGUUUUUGGAAAAAAGUCACCGAAGUUUACCACGCACGAAGGCCGAAGAAGACCUUUGCCCGCAACAUGAAGAUGCUCCGUAGUCAUUGGGACCGAUGCGACAAAGAUGUCAAAAAAUUUUGCGCGAUAUACAGAACAGAAGAGGUGAAUUAUCAAAGCGGAGCCAAUGGAGCCGACAUUCUGAGAGCGGCGUUGCGGGUCUUCAAAGACGACGUCGGUAAAGAUUUCAAGCAUGUCGAUGUUUGGUCGCAAGUCCACCAACUUGAAAGGUGGGCUGGCGGUGUCGAGUCGGACUCGAAACGCACGAAGCACACGGCGCGUGGCCACUACUCGUCUAGUGAUGGUGGUGAAUGCAACACCUCACAAUAG